AUACAGAUUCAGAAUCUUCGGUAUCAUCAUCAAUAAAACUCAGUAACAAACUUUUCCUCGUGUCACCUUCUCACUUCAAUCGCGCCGGCUAAUCCAUUUUUAUACCUCUUUGAUUUAUAAAUAAUAUUUUGUUUGUGUGUGUAUAUGUGUGUAUAUAUGUGUGUGUUAGUUUGUGAAUGAUCGGAGUGAAAUCAGUGCUCUUCUUCUCCAAUGGCUACCGACGAAGAAACGCCACUUGUUGUUGAAGAAAUUCCGUCACAGCUCAACCACAAAAAAGACGUUCACAUCUUGUGCUGGGCUUUCCUCCUCAUUUUCUUAGCAUACGGCGCCGUUCAGAAUUUGGAAAGCACAAUCAACACUGAAGGAGAUUUGGGCACGAUUUCACUGGGGAUAUUGUAUGUAUCGUUUGCAAUAUUUUCACUGGUUGCUUCAUUGGUGGUGAAGAAGCUAGGUUCAAAAAAUGCCUUGGUUCUGGGUACAACUGGAUAUUUCCUCUUUACAGCAGCAAAUUUGAAGCCCUCUUGGUAUACUAUGGUGCCAGCUUCCGUAUACCUAGGAUUUGCAGCUUCAAUAAUAUGGGUUGCACAGGGUACAUAUCUCACUUCGGCUGCUCAUAGUCAUGCAUAUGAUUACAAAUUGCAUGAAGGAACGGUUAUUGGGAAAUUCAACGGAGAGUUUUGGGGGAUGUUUGCAAGUCAUCAGCUUGUUGGCAAUCUUAUCACUCUUGCUAUGCUAAGAGAUGAAGAGGGGGGAAGAACUAGUGGCACGACUUUACUUCUCAUUGUGUUUCUCUGUAGCAUGACUGUAGGUAUAGUUCUUAUGUGCUUCUUGAGUAAGAGAAACGGUAAAGAAGAUGCUCUGCAAGAUUCCCCUGUCACUUUUUCAUCUUCAGUGGGGUCCUUGUUAAACUCGAUGUCGAAUUUAUUGCUCGACAUACGAAUCCUUUUGGUCAUCCCACUCAUUGCAUAUUCGGGUUUACAGCAAGCAUUUGUGUGGGCUGAAUAUACUAAAGAAAUUGUGAAGCCUACACUUGGAGAACGUGGUGUUGGUGGUGCAAUGGCUGUUUACGGAGUUUUUGACGCUAUUAGUUCACUUAUUGCUGGUCGGCUUACUUCGGGUAUAUCAUCAAUCACGAUAAUAGUCUCGGGUGGAGCUUUAAUCCAGCUCAUCGUGCUCCUUUGGCUUCUGCUUGGCUACAGCGUGAGUGGUGGAAUUCUCGGUACAUUGCUCCCACUUCUCAUAGGGGCCUUGUGGGGUAUUGGCGAUGGAGUUCUCAACACGCAGCUCUGUGCAUUGCUUGGACUUCUGUUUAAACACGAUCUGGAAGGAGCAUUUGCACAGCUUAAGCUAUGGCAAAGUGUGUCAAUAGCAGUUGUAUUUUUCAUCAGUACUUCUAUAUCGUUGCAAACGAUGGUUGUGACCAUGCUCGUGGCUCUCUGCAUCUCGUUGGCUGCGUUUCUUUUUCUCACACUCAAGGUGGAGAAAGCGUUUUCUUACCGCUCUGCUUGAGUUUCACAAGGUCAAUUUCUUUUACAAUAUUCUUUCUAAAUUUGUGCUUGUAGGAAUAUUCCGGUGUGGUGUUAAUUCCCCUAAAUAUUUGUAAAUCAUGCAUACCUUGUUUGUUUGUGCGUGCAUGUUCUCUAUUGUACAUAAUUCGAUCAUUGUGUUUGUUUGUUUGUGCGUGCAUGUCCUCCAUUGUACAUAAUUCGAUCAUUGUGUUUUUUCUCAAAUUCGGGAAUAGAACCCGCGACCUAA